UGGCGCCGUUCUUGUAGACCCUCAUUUUGAGAGCAAACCCUAGGCCUAACCUGAACUUUUGAUUAGCUUGUAGAUUCUAGAUCUAAUUUCUAAAAACUUAGGCCCUAUUGGACGAUAACGAUUGGAUUUUGAUGAUAAAUUCCUUUGUUGGUAAAUUAUUUAUCACUUUAAGAUACCCCAGUCGAAAAAUGGCAAGCGGAAACGAAUUAAAAUGGAAGACACUUUUUGACAACAUGCAAGCUAAAACAGAUGCAGCACUGACUAAAAAGUCAAAUGCUUCCAAAGCCAGUGGAAUAAAUGCAAAGGCUGUUAGCGCUGAGGUAGAUUAUAUGGAGGUUGAUGAAACUUUACCACCAAAAAAUGAUAAACGCCUCUCUGUGGAAAGAAUUUACCAGAAAAAAACUCAGUUGGAGCAUAUUCUUCUCAGACCUGACACCUACAUUGGUUCUGUUGAAACUGUUACACAGUCAAUGUGGGUGAUGGAUGUGGAGGCUAACAAGAUGGUGCAAAAAGAUAUAACAUUUGUUCCUGGACUUUACAAGAUAUUUGAUGAAAUUUUAGUGAAUGCUGCAGACAACAAACAGAGAGAUCCCAAGAUGGACUGUAUUAAAAUUGAGAUUGACCCAGAUUGUAACAAAAUAAAAAUCUGGAACAAUGGGAAAGGUAUUCCUGUGGUUGAGCACAAAACAGAGAAGAUGUUUGUACCCACAUUGAUCUUUGGUCAUCUUCUUACCUCCAGUAACUAUGAUGACAAUGAGAAAAAAGUUACUGGUGGUAGAAAUGGUUAUGGUGCCAAGUUGUGUAACAUUUUCAGCAAGAAGUUUAUUGUUGAGACUUCUUCCAAUGAGUAUAAAAAAGCUUUUAAGCAGACCUGGUCCGACAAUAUGUCCAAGACUAAAGAUCCUACAUUGACUGAUGCUAAGGAGACUGAUUUUACAUCUGUUACAUUUUUCCCUGACCUUGAGAAAUUUAAAAUGGAGAAGCUUGACUCUGAUGUGGUGGCCUUGUUCACACGAAGAGCUUAUGAUAUUGCUGCAAGCACAAAAGGUGUCAAGGUUUUCCUCAAUGGGAAGCGGCUACCGGUGAAAGGAUUCAAGGACUAUAUAGAUUUGUACAUCAAGGACAAGACUGAUGAUGCAGGUGCUCCAUUAAAGCUGGUCCAUGAAGUGGCUAAUGACAGGUGGGAAGUUGCUGUUGCCAUGAGUGAUAGGGGAUUCCAACAAGUGAGCUUUGUCAACAGUAUUGCCACCACCAAGGGAGGUCGUCAUGUUGAAUAUAUUGCUGAUCAAUGCGUUACCAAGUUAAUUGAGGUUGUGAGGAGAAAAAAUAAAGGAGGAAUCAACAUCAAACCAUUUCAGGUGAAGAACCACCUUUGGGUUUUCGUCAGCUGCCUUAUAGAAAACCCAACUUUUGACUCACAGACCAAAGAAAACAUGACCAAACAGGCCAAAGGAUUUGGUUCUAAAUGUCAGUUGUCUGAGAAGUUCAUACAGCAGGUGAGCAAGUGUGGUAUUGUGGAAAGUAUUUUGUCAUGGAUGAAGUUCAAGGCCCAGGCUCAACUCAACCAGAAGUGUCACUCCUCUAAGCAUAGUAAACUGAAGGGUAUCCCCAAGUUGGAUGAUGCCAAUGAUGCUGGAACAAAGAACUCUCAUUCUUGUACACUGAUUCUAACAGAGGGAGACUCAGCCAAAUCAUUGGCUGUGGCAGGUCUUGGUGUCAUUGGAAGAGACAGAUAUGGUGUCUUUCCUCUGAGGGGUAAACUGCUCAAUGUGCGAGAGGCCACCCACAAACAGAUCAUGGACAAUGCUGAAAUUAACAAUAUCAUCAAAAUUCUAGGUCUGCACUUUAAAGAAAACUAUGAUGAUCCUAGUAAACUAAACCAACUGCGCUAUGGCAAACUUAUGAUCAUGACUGAUCAGGACCAGGAUGGCUCCCACAUCAAAGGUCUUCUCAUUAACUUUAUUCACCACUUCUGGCCCAGCCUGCUCAGACACAAUUUUGUUGAGGAAUUUAUUACACCUAUAGUCAAGGUGAGCAAAGGCAACACAGAGCGUUCCUUUUACAGCUUGCCCGAGUUUGAAGAGUGGAAAAGAGAAACAGACAACUGGCAUACAUAUAAAGUCAAGUAUUACAAAGGUUUGGGCACUUCCACUUCCAAGGAAGCUAAAGAAUAUUUUAGUGACAUGCAGCGCCACAGAAUUCCAUUUGCUUACAGUGGGGCAGAGGAUGAUUCUGCCAUUAACCUAGCAUUUAGCAAGAAAAAAAUUGAGGAGAGAAAAGAAUGGUUGACUAAUCACAUGGAAGAGAAGAAGAGGAGAACAGAGAUGGGUUUACCAGAGCUGUAUUUGUAUGGAAAAAACACUAGAAGUAUCACAUUCAGUGAAUUUGUCAACCGGGAAUUGAUUCUCUUUAGCAACACAGAUAUCAUUCGAUCUAUUCCUUCACUUCUGGAUGGACUUAAACCAGGUCAGAGAAAAGUGAUCUUUACCUGCAUCAAAAGAAACCUGGUGAACAAAGAACUGAAAGUAGCCCAGUUAGCUGGUUCUGUAGCUGAGCAAUCAGCCUAUCAUCAUGGUGAAGUUAGCUUGAUGGGGACCAUCAUUAACUUGGCCCAGAACUUUGUUGGCAGUAAUAACUUGAAUCUCCUCCAGCCCUUGGGACAGUUUGGAACACGUAUACAUGGUGGGAAAGAUGCAGCUAGUCCCCGUUACAUCUUCACAAUGUUGAGCCCUUUGGCCAGACAUGUUUUCAAUGCCAAUGACGAUGCCUUACUAGUGAAUUUAUAUGAUGACAAUCAGAAGAUUGAACCUGAAUGGUACUGUCCCAUUCUACCCAUGGUACUUGUCAAUGGUGCUGAGGGCAUAGGCACUGGCUGGUCUACAAAAAUUCCAAACUAUGAUGUGAGAGAAAUAGUUGCCAACAUCAGGAGGAUGCUGGAUGAUGAAGAACCAUUACCAAUGCUUCCAUCAUACAAAGGUUUCAAGGGUCAGAUAGAAGAGAUAGGGUCUGGUGAUGGAAGAUAUGCUGUCCAUGGUGAGAUCUCUGUCAUCAAUGAGAGUACUCUGGAGAUCACAGAGCUGCCCAUCAAGACCUGGACACAGAAUUACAAGGAAGAUGUGCUGGAGGUUAUGUUGCAUGGAUCUGAGAAACAGCCACCUCUCAUAACAGACUACAAAGAAUAUAACACAGACUCUACUAUCAAGUUUAUUGUUAAAAUGGCACCUGAGAAACUGGCCCAAUAUGAACAAGAAGGUCUGCAUAAACUGUUCAAGCUCUCCAGUACCAUCUCUACUGGCAGUAUGGUUUUGUUCAACAGUGAAGGCUGCAUUAAACGUUAUGAUGGGGUGCAAGAUAUUUUAAAAGAAUUUUACUCUGUUCGCCUAAAUUUCUAUCAUAGAAGGAAAGAUUACCUAGAAGGGAUGCUGUCAGCUGAAUCUCUCAAACUGGACAACAUUGCCAGAUUUAUCAUUGAAAAAAUUGAAGGGACCAUUGUUAUUGAAAACAAACCAAAGAAAGAACUUAUACAAACAUUGGUGAGAAAAGGUUAUGACUCUGACCCAGUUAAGGCUUGGAAGGAAGCUCAGAACAAGGGGAAGGACUCAUCCAAAAAUGAUGAUCUAAUGGACACUGAAGAGGAAGUAGAAUCAGGACCUGACUUCAACUAUAUUCUAAGUAUGCCACUGUGGAACCUCACCAAAGAGAAAAAGGAUGAACUUAUCAAGCAUAAAGAGAGCAAGGCUGAUGAACUACGCAGUCUUCGUAGAAAAUCACCCAAAGACCUUUGGAGGGAUGACCUUGAUGCUUUCCUAGUUACUUUACAAGAAGUUGAAGAAUCAGAAAAAGACAGUGGCAGUGUUGAUGCUAAACCAGCUAAGCUUGGAAAACUUGGCAAAUUAAAGCCUAAAAAAGCCAUUCUGGACACAAUGCCAUCCCCUGCUGGCAGAAGAAUAGUCCCUAAAAUAAGUUCUGCUCACAAGUCUAAAGGAGACAAAGAUGCUGCUAAAAAGCUAUUUAAAGAAAGGAUAAAGAAGGAAACAGAUGAUGAUGUCAUCAGUCAAGUAGAUAAUGUAAAGAAGGAGGAAGGUGAAACAGCACCCACUAGAGGCCGUGGGGGCGGUAGGGGAGCACGAGGAGGUAGAGGGAGAGGAGCAGCCACCAAGGGCACCACCCGUGAGAAAUUAUCCCCCAAUAAAGGAAAGAAGAUGAAGAAAAGAAACCCAUGGUCUGAUACUGAGUCUGAAGCUAGCAACCUCAGUGAUGUUGAUCAAAUGGACACUGAACUAGUUAUUCCUAGGGAGACAGCUAAACGAUCUGCAGCGGCUAAAGUCAAAUAUAGUUUUGACAAUGAGGAAGAGGUGGAAAGUGAUGAUGAGUUGGAAUUCUACCCUCAUGAUCCAGAAGGAGACAAUGAUGUUAAUGGUGGUAGUAUUGUCUCCAGUGAAGAUGAUUUCAAAUCUACUGAAGUUCCUAAAGCUGAAGCUCCUAAACCUAAAGAACCUCUUUCUAAAACAACUGUCCAGAAAAAGCCAACAAUAAAAAAAAGUCAAGCCCCAAAGACAAAUGUGGAGAAAAAAGAUCAGCCCAUGCUAAGCAACAAAGAACUUUACCCUCUAACUGAUGAUGAAGAUGAUGAUCCACAGCCAAAGCCUAAAGAAGCUGCAGCCAAAAAGGUGGUUGAACCAAAGAAAACACAAGUAAAAAAGAAAGCUCUAGAAGACAGCCCUAUCAAAACAAAAAAGGCACCAGCAAAAAAACGUGUCAAACUUGAUGAUAGCUCAGACUCAGACAGCUUCGUGCCUCACAAGAAAACAGCAGUGGGCAAGAAAAAAGCUGCCAAAGAAAGUGAAUCUGAGUUGGAUGAUUUAUCUUUUAAUCCUGCUCCAAGGGCAACAACUGGAAGGGCUAAAGCUCCUGUCAAAUACAAUUUUUCCAGUGAAGAUGAAGAUGACUUUGAUUAAAAUUUGUUCAUAAUGUACAUUAAUACUUGUAAAUAGCAAUUUCAAUGUCAUUUUAUGUUAGUUAAUGUCCUCUCCACACAAUCAUACAUGUCUCCCUCAUAUUGUUUUAAUAAAUAUUUUUAACCUAUUA